AUGUCCAAAAGGAGAUGGCAGUUGGCUGUAAAAACCAUCUUUUGUUCCAGAAUUCUCCUCUCACUACUGCACGAUGCUCAAGCCAAGAAAAAUAAAUGCUUCAACAUUGAUUUAACAAGUCUCAGUGAGCUUGUCAAGCAGAAAAAUCUAUACCAACUUCAAAAGUAUGGAGGGAUUGAUGGUGUAACUUCCGCUUUGGAAACUGAUCUUGAGAUGGGGAUUCGUGGUGAUGAUGCUGAUAUUGCUCGUCGAUAUGAAAAAUUUGGUUCCAACAAGUAUGAGACACCUCCUGUAAAGAGCUUCUUUCAUUUUCUGAAGGAUGCUCCUAAACAGGUCAUAAAUGUCAUCCAUUUAACUUGUGCAGCCGCUUCUCUUGGAUUUGGCAUUAAAACGCGUGGUCUUAAGGAAGGUUGGUAUGAGGGUGGAAGCAUAUUUGCCGGUGUCAUUGUGUUCAUAUCCAUCUCGGCUGCAAGCAACUUUUACCGAAGCAGACAUUUCAACUUGUUAUCAACAAAAGUAGUACGCAACAAUGUCCAAGUUGAUGUUGUUAGAAACGGAAGGAAGCAGCGAAUGUCUAUGUUUGAGAUUCUCGUGGGAGAUGUAAUUUGCCUCAAGCAUGGAGACCAAGUUCCCGCUGAUGGAUUGUACUUAGAUGGGCACUGUUUGCAAGUGGAUGAAUUAAGCUUAACGGGACAUAGUGAUCGCUAUGUGGCGGUAAAUAGCAGCAACAAUCCAUUCUUGGUUUCUGGAACCAAAGUGUGCAUGGUUGAAGGAGAUGCUUGGAUGCUCGUGACUUCAGUUGGAAACAACACAGUGUUGGGCGAAAUUCUCAACCAUAUGAAUCUUGUCACCAGCGAACAGAUGAAUCCACGAACUCGACUGGAUAACCUAGUCUCAUCUAUGUUUCUGCUUUAUUGUCUCAUUUGUACUUUUAAAAACAUAUUCAGCAUAUUUCAAGAGAACUUAAUUUGCAUUUUGUUUUUACUUGAUGGCCCUGGCUCCCUCAGCAAACUCAAUAGAACACAUCGCUUGACUUUUCCCAACAUAUAUCGUUCCAUAAUACAGCCGUUUCUUUCAAAAAAAGCUGUAGCCAAGAAUCACUGUACAUCUUCCACCGUUAAUGACAAUGUUAAUUUGGGCAAUAACUUCUUCAAGAUUGAUCGAAAAAGUCUCACUCAGCUUUUCCAGGAGAAAAAUUUCGAUCGACUUCAAGAGUUUGGAGGAAUUGUUGGAAUGGCUCAUGCCUUGUAUACGGAUGUAGACAAAGGGAUUCGCGGUGAUGUCGAAGACGUUGCACGCCGACUUGAGGCCUUUGGUUCCAACGAAUAUGAGAAACCGCCAUCCAAGAGCUUCUUGUAUAUUUUUGUGGAAGCUCUUAAGGAUCCAACAAUUAUCAUCCUCUUAAUUUGUGCUUCAUUGACUCUUUUUUUGGGCAUUAAAAGGCAUGGCCUGAAACAAGGGUGGUAUGAUGGUGGAAGCAUAUAUAUAUCUGUCGUUCUUGAUACUGCUGUCUCUUCUAUAAGUAACUUCAGGCAGAACAAACAAUUUUAUGAGUUCCCGGAAGUCGACAACAAUAGGAAAAUUGAUGUUGUCAGAGGCGAGAAGCUCCAACAAAUAUCAGUUGUCCAGAUUGUCGUUGGAGAUGCAAUUUUUUUAAAGACUGGAGACAAAAUUCCUGCCGAUGGUUUGUUCUUAGAUGGAUCUUCGUUGCAAGUGGCCGAAUCAAUCAUGUCAUGGCAAAGUGAUCUGAUGGAAGUAAAAAGCAGUCAGAAUCCAUUCUUGUUUUCUGGCACCAUGGUGGUCAACGGGCAUGCUCGAAUGCUUGUUACUUGUGUAGGUAUGAACACAGUAUGGGGCAAGAAAAUGAGUCAAAUCAGCCAAAUCACCGGUGAAGAAAAUUUAUUGCAAGCUCAGCUCAAUGAGCAAACCUCUCAAAUAAGUAAGGUUGGGUUAUUAGCUGGUUCAAAAGCUCUUCUAGUCUUGUUGGCUCUCUACUUCAAAGGUGGACACAAAAAACAAGAUCUCAAUGGCAACAAUACAGAAGUUGAUAACAUAGUGAAUGCUGUGAUGGGGAAUAUACCUACAGCAAUUACUGUUGCGUUAGCUGCAAUUCCAGAGGGUUUGCCGUUGGUUGUUAUAUUUGCUCUUGCUUAUUCAACGAAGAGAAUGAUGGCGAAACUGGCAGUGGUGCGGAAUAUUGCUGGUUGUAGGACCAUGGGUUCUGUCACAACCAUAUGCACUAACAAAACAGGAAUACUGUCGCUCACCAAGAUGAAAGUGACAAGGUUCUGGCUAGGCCAAGAAUUAAUUGAGGAGGGUUCUGCUGAUUCAUUAAUUUCUUCAAAUCUUCUUGAAUUACUAAAGCAAGGUGUUGCUCUAAAUACAACAUGGACUGUCAACAGGACAACUUCAGGAUCUGAAUUCAAAUUCUCAGGCAGUCCUACUGAAGAAGCAAUUCUUUCUUGGGCUGUCUUGGAAAUGAAAAUGGACGUGGAAGAAGUGCAACGGAGUUGUUCUAUAAUGAGCCUCGAAGCCUUCAAUUCACAGAAGAAACGAAGUGGGAUUUUGAUAAAGAAGGCUGACAACAUAAUCCACAUGCAUUGGAAGGGAGCAGCCAAGAUAAUUCUAGCAAUGUGCUCAAAUUACUACGAUACUUCUGGAGUCGUGAAAGAUCUGGAUGUUCACACAAGGAAGAAAUUCGAGUUAAUUAUUGAAGAUAUGGGAGCUAGUAGCCUUCGAUGCAUUGCUUUUGCGCAUAAGCAAGUUUCAGAAGAAAAGUUAGAAGGCACAAAUGAACAGAAAGAGCUAAAUGAUCAAGGUUUGAGCCUAAUAGGACUUUUGGGUAUCGAUAACCCAUGUCCGCAAGAGGUCAAGAAAGCUGUUGCAAGUUGCCAAUUAGCCGGAGUGAACAUCAAAAUGAUCACAUCUGACAAUGUUUCCACUGCAAAAGCCGUAGCCACUGAAUGUGGGAUACUCAAGUCAAAUGAAUACACGUCAAACAAAGCAGUUGUAGAAGGAGAGGAAUUUAGAAACUAUACACCAGAAGAAAGAAUGGAGAAAGUUGACAAAAUCUGUGUGAUGGCGAAAUCUUCUCCCUUGGACAGACUUCUCAUGGUUCAAUGCUUGAAACAGAAAGGUCAUGUGGUUGCAGUCUGCUCAAGCAAUCGGGCCAAUGAUCAACAAGCAGUGAAAGAAGCUGAUAUAGGACUCAAUCUGAGGACUCAUCGAGGCGCUUUUGGAGCUGAAGAGAAUUCUCAUUUCAUUAUUUUUGAUGGUAAUUUUGCGUCUGUAGCGACAAUUUGGAGGUGGGGGAGAUGCAUUCACAUCAAUAUCCAGCAAUUCAUUGAGUUUAGGCUCGCUGGAUAUCUGACUGCUCUUGUAACCAACUUUGUGACGACACUGUCCUCAAGAGAAGAACCUUUGACACCAGCUGAAUUACUAUGGACACAAUUAAUCAUGGACACAUCAGGUGCUUUGGCUCUUGCUACAAAGCCGCAUUCUGACGAGGAGCUUGUGAAGAAGAAACCGUCCUCGGAUCUUACAGGACCAUUUAUAACAAAAACUAUGUGGAGAAACCUACUAGCUCAAGCUUUGUAUCAAACGGUUGUCCUCUUAACCUUGCGGUUUAAAGGCGAACCAAUUUUUGGUGUAAGUAAAAAGGUAAGACGUACCAUGGUCUUCAACAGUUUUGUCCUUUGCCAGGUCUUGAAUCUGGUUAAUAUAAGGAAAUGGUAUAAGAAGAAUGUGUUAAAGUGGAUACUAAAGGACAAGAUAUUUGUGUUGACAAUGGGAGUGACAAUUGUCCUUCAAUGGGCAAUGGUGGAAGUUUCAAAGAAGUUUGCAAACACAGCGAGUCUGGAUUUGGAGCAGUGGGGUACAUGUAUUGGAGUGGCAGCUGUUUCUUGGCUAAUUGAUUGGGUUGUCAAGAGCAUACCAGUCACGGACAAGCCGAUUUAG